AUGGCUGAUAAUUCUUCACAUCAAGUUGACUGCGAGAGGCUCGACAUCACUGUCUUGCUCGUGGACGAUGAUACCUCCACUCUCUUUGUCAACGCUGGUAUUCUCAGAUCAUGGGAAUACAAAGUUGCAACUGCUACAAGUGGUCAAGAAGCAUUGAGGACUCUCAGGGAAUUCAGAGGCUUCUUCGACAUCGUCAUCACCGACCUGAACAUGCGAGGAAUGAAUGGACUUGAACUCCAACAGCGUGUCAAACGAGAAUUCCAUCUUCCUGUCAUCAUUAUGUCAGCAGAUGGGAGGAAGAGUGUGAUGUCGAGGAGUCUUGAGCACGGAGCAGCAUUUUACAUAGUGAAACCAGCACGACGAGAGGACUUCAAAGAUGUAUGGCAGUAUGCUGUGGCGGGAAGGAGAGAGAAACUGAGAGUUGACAAUGAAAGAAUAAUAUCAGUGAACGAAGAAGGAGACUCAUCGUCAUCACCAGGUGGUGGUGAGAAGCAGCUGGGCAUUAAUAUUCCCUCCGCUCAGGAUUCUGAAGCGAGAGGGACGAGAAAAGCGCCUAAGCCGAGGAAGAAGUACUGCAAGAGAAAACGUAGUGUGGUUGAGAAUGAUGAACUCAUAUACUGUGGUCAAAAGAGGUCCAAGAUUUUCUGGACCACUAAUCUUCACAAUCGCUUCUUGUUGGCCUUGAGACACCUAGGCAUGAACAAGGCUGUUCCAACGAAGAUUCUGGAGAUCAUGAACGUGCCAGGUUUGACCCGAGAGAACGUCGCCAGUCAUUUGCAGAAAUAUCGAAUGUUUCUGAAGAAAGUUGCAGACAAAGGAAUCCUUGAGGGAUUAUCUGAGAGGGCCUUGAGGUCAAGGUUUGCUAUGGGCCUUCCCACAGGUCUCAUCAGAGAUCUCCAAAAGAGAGUUAGCCGUUUUCGCCUUCUUGACUAUAAUCAUCAUCAACCUUACAGUGCUGUGUCUAGGCCUCAGAUUCCUCUCAAUCCUCCAACAACCAGACCCUCUCUCGCCAUUCAACCCAGACUGGGACAACCAAGCCAAUAUGGGACCAAUCAUACUCUCAGAAACUUCCAACAAUCCCGUUAUCAUGAUCAAGCAAAUCAUCAUCAUCGUUCUAUCCUAAAUGGAGGGUUCAUGACUUCUGCAAAUGUCCUGACUGCAAAUGGUUUGACGAGUAACGUCAACUAUGGCCGAACUAACUAUGAUGAUAACAACAACAACCAUGGGAUGAUAGUGCCUUAUGGAAGCUCUGGCCUGGAACGAAGUCCUGGGACAUAUAAUAACCUCCAUGGAACUCAACUGAUGAACAAUAAUAAUACUAACAACCAUGGGAUCAUAGUGCCUUAUGGAGGCUCUGGCCUGCAACGAAGUCCUAGCACUUCUAGUAAAUGCCAUGGAACUCAACUGAACAGCAAUGCUGCUCUUGCUGUUGGUGCUUUGAAUCGAGUUCAGAAUGUUGGUUAUAAAGGACAUAACAACAACUACGAUAACAGCAGCAGCAUAUUUGGCUUGUUAAAUAAUGGCAGUGCUUCAAAUAAUGCAAUUGGCCCUUUAUCACCCUCGGUUGUGAAUGUCCGUGUCGAACCAAGUCGAGCAAACAUAUCUGCAGGGCUUCCAUCUUUGCCUCAGCAGUCAAUUAAUGGUAUUGGGAAUGCUGGAGGUGUUAAUCAGCAUAAUACUGUCACUUCAGGGAAUCAGAAGGAGGCCGGCCAAAUGGAUGACCUCAAUGAAUUUUUCCUCAUGAUAGACGACAUGGUUCUCCUAGACAAGACGGCAGAGAGCCCUCGUGCUGGUGAACUUUCUGGUUCUGAAAUUCUUAGCUCCUUCAAUGUUGAAGACUACAUUGAGCUGUUGCAGGGAGAUGGUGAUGAUCAAGAGAACACCCACACAAGUGAAAGAAGCAUUGAUGUUCUGUCAGCUGGCAAGUCCUUAACUUGUACCAACGAGAACCCUAAUUUGGUGCUGAGCAACCAUGCAUCCACAAACUUGGAAGCCUCGGACAUGUCCACGGCGGACAAGGCUAAUUCACCAGAAGGAAACUCGGCUACUCCUCAAGAACAGGAUUGGGACAUGGAUCUCAUUGAAACGUUGUUCGGUACUGCUUCAGAUCCCAGCCAGAAGUGA